UUGGUUCAAAACAACCUGAGAUCAUCCUUCUGGACCCAAAAUCUGGAUCCCAAACUCAUGAACUAAGAGGUCAUAGUCGUUCAGUUACAUGCGUUAAAUGGUCACCUUCUUCAGAGUAUUUACUUGCAAGUGGGAGUGAAGAUUCUAGGAUUUUAUUCUGGGAUAUCCGUUCUGCCAAAGGUUAUUUACAAACUCUUGAUCAGCAUAAUGGUGAAAGAGGAAGUAAUCAAAAUUCUGUAACAGCACAUUCUGGCAUUGUCUGUAGUUUACAGUUCACUAGUGAUAGCCUUCAUCUAGUGUCAUAUGGAACAGAUAGCCAGUUAAGACUUUGGGAUGUUGCAUUAUGUGCUAAUACAUUAGUAAAUUUUGGUAGAGUGCACAAUAGUUCAAGAGUGCGUCAACGUAUCAUUGAUUUAUGCUGUGAUUCUAAUCCUCAAUUAGUUUUUGUGCCAAGUGCCAAUAAUGUUCAAAUUUUUGAUCUGUUAACUGGCUGCAGAGUUAAGAAGUUAUUUGGCCAUUUCUGUGAUGUCCAUUGCUGUGUUUUUCGUUCUGGUGCUCAGCAACUUUAUAGUGCGGGUAAUGAUAUGAAUAUACUCUUUUGGACUCCUGAUCUAGCUCAGGAGAUAGAAGAAGAAGCGUGCAUGCCAAAAGGCUCAAAGCGUAAUAUUCAUGAACAUUCACCACAUUCUGAUUUCUGGUCUAGUGAUGAAGAUUAAAGUGAUAUAAUUUAUAAUUUAAGAAAUUUUGUUAAAUGAAAGAUUUUUUUUUUUAGUUAUGAAUGUCACUAAAAUCCUUUUUGUAAACAGAAUAUAUUUAUGACAUAGUGCAAUAUAUAUAUAUAUUUUAUUUCAAAGCUAUGACAAGUAUUUUUUGGAUACAAAACAGAGAUCUUGCUGUCUUCUGAGUCCAUUGGUGGCUAAAUGGUUGCCUAUGUGAGUGCUGUCAGUUUUGUCCUGAAUACUUUUUUUGUAUGCCCGGUGAAUCUUCAGGAAUUUACUUCAGUACUGGUUUUAUGUAUUUUCGAAAUUUAAUGAUUUAAUAUACUAAGGGCUAGAAUUAUAUGUAUGUAUAAGGUACAAUUAUAUCUUGUACUUGCAAUAGCCUCUAAAAUGUCCUUUUUAAUAUGGUUACCACCCCUUUCUGUCUUAAAAACAGUAUAAUGCUUAUAUUAAACCUUUUUGAAAAUUAUCAUUCCAAAAUUAUUGUCUAUCAUAUAGUACAGUCAAAAAUCGUUAAUCCAGACGUCCAUAAUCUGGACCUCAAAGCUA